UUGAACGCGAACAACGACGCGACGAUAUUAUUCCAACAAUCAAACCAAACAUCCACCUCGACAUUUAUCGCCUUUUCCAUAUCACCAUUUGUUUGACAGUAUUCGAAACGAACUUCAACAUUUACGAUUUGCUAACUGCCACUUUGACGACUCGCGGUAUCCCGGACAUUAAUUGCGAAAUUUGUCGAGUUCUUGGAUCAUUCCCUGCUUGGAGGACACGAAACAUAUGUGAUGACGGGUACGGACUGAGGUAGAGACAGAAGUCUUCCGAUGGUCUGCACACCGGCAUCCGAAGCCGUACCGUCGUGGAAUCGAAGCCUGGGAUACGAACACAUAUCAAGAACGACGACCUCGAGAGGGGUUAUAGGGGGGACAACUAUUGGGGCCAGGCGGGCAUCGAAUAUACGCAAAGAUGGCGCCGGCAGGUGGAGGAAACAUUAAGGUCGUGGUGCGAUGUCGUCCUUUCAAUGGACGAGAACUCGAUCGAGGGGCAAAAUGUAUUGUGCAGAUGGAUGGAGCCCAAACGGUCCUCAUACCUCCCCCCGAAGCCGAAGAACGAUCGCGGACUGGCAAAGGAGGCGCAAAGGAUAAUGGGCAGAAAGUCUUCGCAUUUGACAAAUCGUAUUGGUCUUUCGAUCGAAAUGCCCCGAAUUUUGCUGGACAAGAUGAUCUACAUACUGAUCUUGGAAAACCGCUUCUGGACAACGCUUUUCAGGGAUACAAUAAUUGUAUUUUCGCAUAUGGACAAACUGGUUCUGGAAAAUCUUACUCGAUGAUGGGAUAUGGGAAGGAAGCAGGUGUCAUUCCCAAGAUUUGCCAGGAUAUGUUUGAGAGGAUUGGAGAGUUGCAACAAGAUAAGAAUCUGCGAUGUACGGUGGAGGUGUCAUAUUUGGAAAUCUACAACGAGCGAGUUAGGGAUUUGCUGAAUCCUUCUACGAAAGGCAAUCUCAAGGUCAGAGAACAUCCAUCUACAGGGCCAUAUGUUGAAGAUCUGGCGAAAUUGGUGGUCAGCAGCUUCAAUGAGAUUGAGCAUUUGAUGGACGAGGGAAAUAAGGCGAGAACAGUUGCGGCUACGAAUAUGAACGAGACGUCCAGUCGAAGUCAUGCUGUUUUUACUCUUACCCUUACACAGAAACGUCACGAUGUCGAAACCAACAUGUCUAUGGAGAAGGUGGCAAAGAUCAGCUUGGUGGAUUUAGCAGGUUCCGAAAGAGCUACAUCUACUGGUGCAACGGGUGCUCGUCUGAAGGAAGGUGCUGAAAUCAAUCGUUCGCUUUCUACACUCGGUCGAGUUAUCGCUGCUCUGGCAGAUCUCUCCGAAGGCAAGAAGAAGAAAACAGGGAAAGGAGCUGGCCAGGUACCAUAUCGAGACAGUGUUCUGACAUGGCUACUGAAGGAUUCUUUGGGUGGAAAUAGCAUGACAGCUAUGAUUGCAGCCAUCAGUCCAGCAGACAUCAAUUUUGACGAGACACUCAGUACGCUACGGUACGCCGAUAGUGCCAAGAGGAUCAAGAAUCAUGCUGUGGUCAAUGAAGAUGCGAAUGCCAGGAUGAUUCGGGAGCUCAAGGAAGAGCUGGCAACUCUUCGAAGCAAACUCAGUGGUGGCGGUGGUGCUCCAGCUGAAGAAACAUAUGCUGAAGGUACACCGCUGGAGAAGCAGAUCGUCAGUAUUGUUCAGGCAGAUGGCACCGUGAAGAAGGUUUCGAAGGCCGAGAUUGCAGAGCAACUGAAUCAGAGCGAGAAGCUAUACUCGGAUCUCAAUCAGACCUGGGAACAGAAACUGCAGAAGACUGAAGAAAUCCACAAGGAACGAGAAGCUGCACUGGAAGAGCUGGGUAUCAGUAUCGAAAAGGGUUUUGUCGGAUUGCACACGCCGAAGAAGAUGCCGCAUCUGGUCAAUUUGUCUGACGAUCCAUUGCUAGCCGAAUGUUUGGUGUACAAUCUCAAGCCUGGUACCACCACAGUGGGCAAUGUGGACACAAAUGUUGGCGCCCAUCAGUCUGAAAUUCGAUUGAAUGGCAGUCGUAUUCUCCACGAGCACUGCACGUUCGAAAACGUCGACAAUGCCGUUACACUUGUACCAAGAGAAGGCGCUGCCGUCAUGGUAAAUGGAAAGCGUAUCACGGAGCCGAAACGGUUACGCAGUGGUUAUCGUGUCAUUCUUGGAGACUUUCACAUCUUCCGCUUCAAUCAUCCUAUGGAAGCUAGGGCAGAACGCGCCGAACAGAGCUCAUUACGGCAUUCAAUCCUGGCAAGUAAUCUAGGCGACUACGAGAAAGGAUCCCCGUCCCCAAGUCCACGCCCUGGACACGAAAGAACUUUCAGCAAAGCUGGCUCGGAAGCAGAUUGGGAUGCGAGUCGCCCUGAGUCGCCUAUGCCAUUUGGACGGAGUCGUGACUCAGAUUGGUCGUUUGCAAGAAGAGAAGCUGCUGGUGCUAUUCUUGGACCAGACAAGCAGAUUGCUGGUCUGACUGAUGAGGAGUUGAAUCUUCUUUUCGAAGACGUCCAGAAGGCACGUGCUGAACGUGCUGGCCAGAAUAUGGAUGAUGAUCUGGAUUCAAAUACUUCGUACCCGAUACGAGAGAAGUAUAUGUCGAACGGUACUUUGGAUAACUUCUCGUUAGACACAGCAUUGACUAUGCCUUCGACGCCUAAGCAAGGUGAGGUGGAAGACAAGUUGCGUGAAGUCAGAGAAGAAAUGCAAGUCCAAUUGGACAAGCAGAAAGAAGAGUACCAGGAUCAGCUGAAGAGUGCCGAGGCUGCUAAUGUCGAGGUCGAAGAGAUCAAGAAAGAGAAAGCGCGGAUGGAGGAUGAUCUUCGACAGUUGAAAGAGGAAAUGCUCACGCAACUUGAAACACAGAGGAAGGAAUUCGAAGAGAAACUGCAGCAAAUGCUGCCCACUCCACCAAAAAUUGACGAUGGUCUCCCACCAUUGUCAGACGCCGAGAUGGAGAUCGCGGAGAAAGUUAUCGAGCAUUGGAAACGCCGGAGAUAUGUUCGAAUGGCUGAAGCUGUCUUGCAAUCCGCUGCGAACCUGAAAGAAGCCCAAAUCAUGAGCCAAGAAAUGGAUGAAAGUGUCAGCUUCCAGUUUACAAUCGUGGACGUUGGACAUGAUCGGUGCUCAUCGUACGAUAUGGUUCUGAAUGGCAUUUCUGGAGAGGGCGAAGACGUUUUCCUUGAGGAGGCGCCGAAACCUUGUGUUGCUGUCCGAGUCAUCGACUACAAGAACAGCGUUGUUCAUCUCUGGAGCUUGGAAAAGCUUCAGGAACGAGUCAGGCUGAUGAGACAAAUGCAUCAGUACAUGGAUCGACCUGAGUAUCUGCAGCAUUUCCGUCUUGAUAACCCUUUCACGGAGACCUGCAUGCCACAAUAUAGUCAUAUCGGCGAUGUCGAUGUUCCAUUAGCUGCUGUGUUUGAGAGCCGAGUUCAAGACUUCAGCCUCGACGUACUUUCGCCUUAUACGUCGCAUGCUAUUGGCAUGAUCAAACUCUCACUAGAACCAUCAUCUGCGAGGGCGCCAUCUUCCACGCUGAAGUUCAAUGUGGUCAUGCACGAUCUUGUCGGAUUCGCUGAGCGAGAAGGCACAGAGGUUCAUGCUCAACUCUUUAUUCCUGGUGUAUCUGAGGAUGGUGGUGUAACGACAACUCAGAUGAUCAAGGACUUUGAUGAGGGGCCAGUCAGAUUCGAAAGUGUCCAUAGUAUGAGCGUGCCCAUGUUUAGACCAAGCGAUGUCUCAUUACGUGUGGCCAUCUUUGCAAAGGUUUCUUCGAUGCACCUAGACAAGCUGCUGAGUUGGGACGACAUGAGAGACAACGUGCCUCGACCGAAACAGAAGCGGAAGAACGCUCGAAUAUCAGAGUCACAGUUCUAUAUGGAAGAGAAGCAUGAUGUCUUUGCCAGGAUCCAGAUCCUUGAGCUCGCUGAAAAUGGAGAGUACUUGCCUGUGGAGGUCAUUCAAACGAGUGACCUCGAUAAGGGUUCAUUUCAGCUUCAUCAAGGACUUCAACGUCGGAUAGUUGUCAAUCUUACGCAUAGCUCUGGCGAUGCUUUGCCCUGGCAGGAUGUCUCUAGUCUUCGAGUUGGACGAAUCCAGCUUGUAGAUCACGUGGGUAAGACGCCAGAUCUCAGCUCGCCAACUCCUGAGAUCCCUCUAAAGCUCAUCUCGAAGCCCACUGUCAAGCAGAAUGCGAAUGGUACGAGCAAUGUCACCCUCAUGGGCCAAUGGGACUCGAGCGUCCACGAAUCUUUACUCCUCGAUCGAGUUACUGCCGACAAGUACAAGGUCCAGAUGUCGCUGCUCUGGGACGUUACUUCGCCAAAGCUUGCAGAUCUCAUGACGUUCUCUAUUGAUGUUUGCUCUCAAGUCCUCUCACGAGCGUAUGUCCGCUCAACGUCCAUGUUCGCAUCUUUAUGGCAGAGUGUUCGAAUUGUCCAUUCGACUAGUGGGAUCUUCUCAGUCGCCGUUCGGCCAACACCUGUCAAACGUGCCGGAGAUCUUUGGCGCAUGAACACCCAGAAUGACUAUGUGAAGGGUGAAGAAGGACUUACGGACUGGACUCCGAGGGGUGUCAGCUUAAUUCGAGAUCACAUUGCUGCGAGGCGGCGUAAGCUGAGGCACGCAGAAAUCGAAGCUGCUCAGCCGCUAUUGAGCCGCAUCUCCUAUCCUGUCGCCGCUCCGAGUCCAUCCACUCCUCCUACCACCAACGGCUCCGCUCCCAAUCCCGAAGAAGAAGCCAUGGAAUUCCCCAUCUCUGACCACGAUAAAGAACUACUCGAAAAAUACCUGAAGCUCUGGAAACUUUGCCACGAUCCCAUCUCCAGCAUCCUCACACCUACUAAUGUCGAACCUCCAUCGAAUGGGGCUCCAGCCUCGCCACCUAAUGCUCCCACUUCACCGAACCUCCUUGCCACCAUCUCCAUUGUCAAUAGGAACCCCACUAUCCUCAAAGGCGGCUACCUUCUCACCCCCUCCGCCGAUUCUUCACGUUGGAUACGGCGCUUCGUCGAGUUAAGACGGCCAUAUAUGCACAUCCACUCAGUCCCUGACGGAGAAGAAGUCUGCGUAGUUUCAUUACGGAACUCACGAAUAGACCACCAGCCUCAAAUUGCCAGGCUUCUCAGACGCGAAGGCGAGAGUCCAGCAGGUGGCAGGAUGAACGGUGCAAGAGGCAGAGCAGGAGAUAGAGAAGACGAAGGCAAAGUCUUUGCCGUUUACGGUACAGAUAAUACGUGGCUAUUCAAAGCUAGGAAUGAACGAGAGAAAGUGGACUGGAUCUUCAAGAUUGAUCAGAGCUAUUUUAGUUCUGGUAGCGGAACGGGGAAUGGAAGUGAGGAAGAUGAGUUAUCGUGAUACUCCAGUCCUGGUUGGAGAUGAGGCUGGUCAAUGAGGUACAUACCAUACCCAAGGAGAAUAAUUUUUGCCCAGCGAGCGUGUGUUAAGUAUAUGUAUGAAAUGAUGUGUAUGUAUGUCAGUGUAUGAUACCCAUGUUUUUGGAUAAUGCUAGUGCGAGAUAUAUCUUAUACCAUAGUUUCCUUUUGUCUUUGGGUGGGGAUGGGUAGGAUAGAUUGGUGCUGAGUGAGAA